AUGGCCUUAAAUUUGUGGCGAUCGUAUUCAAAAGCCAGAAAUAAUGUUUUCUCAAACGGUAACAAUUGUAGUUCACUUUCGGCACUGUAUAAAUAUUUUUCUAGAUCAUUUUGUGAUGAUAAAUUUUCAUCACCCGAAUUCUCGAAUAGUACAAUUUUCAUUGAAAAUGGAUACAACGUUCAUGAACUUCCAGUUGUGGUAAGAAGAUUAAAAGAUUUAGAAGACUUAAAUGUAAACCCUUCGUCAACGGAAACCCAACAAGGUACAAGUGAUCCUUUGAGCUAUCAUUUAAUACAGGAAGAAUUUAAACAGUGUACAGAUUUACGUGAAGUUUUUUCAUUGAUUACAAAAUGUACUAAAAUAACUCCGAAUAUUGCUCUUGGGGCAAUAGAAAGAAUAUAUGAUUUAGAAAAAGAUGGAAACCUAAAUUUGACAACAGAUCAAAAUAUACACAUUAAUUUUGCUAAAGGUGCUAUAUUAGAAAAACUAUUAAAAGUUGUUAUGAAGACUGAAGAUACUCAGACAAUAUUAAAUGUUCUAAAAACUACUUCGACUAUUAUGGAACCACACAAGUAUAACUUUUGUGAUGAGUUGUUUUUAAGAGUGCUUGACAAUAAGUUAAGUUUGGAGCAAUUGUGUGACUUUACUAUGUUCCUUAUAAAAAAUAAAGAUCAUCAAAAAUACUCACAGACUAUUGACAAACUGUGGGUUGGAUUUGUUGAUAAAGAAAAAGAAAUAAACGGGACAAAUAUUGUUCACAUAUUUAAGAUCCUGCCUGGUUUGAAAGUUAGCAAGAAAACAAUUAUUUCCUUACUGGAGCAAAAACUAGCAGAAUUGUGGUGCCAAAUAAAAGUCCCAGCAAUGCAAGACAUACUUGAUGUCUUUUUGAUAGAAAAGUUUUUUUCUAUGCAAUUAUAUGCUGUUUUAGGCCAUUGGUUCUACACUAAUAUACAUUGUUUAGAUGAUGAUGAAUUAUUAGCUAUUGUAUCAAAAUUUACUCAGCUAAAGUAUACUGAUCAUCAGAUCGAAGCAGCAGUUGAGAAAUUUUUAAAAUUGAAAGUUUCAAAAAUUAAAUCACAAGUAUUGAUCAUAGGUAUUUUAAAUUAUUGUACUCAAUUUAAGCUUCGCAACAAACAUAUAUUAGAUACAUGUGGCCAAUAUUUUUUAACUAAUAGGAAAGAUAUAUCUCACAGUUUUUUGAAAUCUUUUAUAUACCCUUAUGGAUAUUUGUAUGCAGAGCCUACUAAUUCUGAAUUUUGGACAUUAGCUGAGGAAGUCUUAUUAGAAAACUGUUAUAAAAUAAAUGUUUUCGAUCUGAGUUCAGUUAUUUUAUCAUAUAUAUAUUGUGGCCAUUAUCCACUAAAACUUGUAUCUAAAGUUUUUAGUGCAGAAUAUAUAGCUAAAAUAAAUAAUAAUGAUGUUUUAAAGAAACUGCAUCUAAUUGAUACAGCAUUAUCAUUAGAAUGUAGAGCAUAUGCUGGUCCACUUUUGGCGAAAGAUCAAUGGUUUAAACCGGUAUUACAAGAUACUAGGAUCAAAAAUAUUGUCGAUAAAAUUAUUGAUAACAUUGUCUCUGUAAUAGGAGUGUCGGAAAAGUUGUCUACGGCAGUAGUGUUGCCAAAUUUUUGUUCUGAUGAAACAUAUUUGAUUGAUAUAAUGUUGUACCCAGGGGGACCAGGAAAUAGUACAUUCAACUGGAAAAGUCAAUCAAUCAGGAACGGGAGUACAGCAAUCCUUAUACAUUUGCCAGAUCAUUAUUGCUCUGAUAAUGAACAACUGCUUGGUCCUCAAGUUAUGAAAAAGAGACACUUGAAAAUACUUGGUAUGCGAGUUGUCAGCUUAAAGUACUCCUUACUCAGUCAAUUUUAUACAUCGCAUGACACUCCAGGGCUUGAAAAUUAUUUAAAAGAAAGUAUUGAGAAUUCUAAAACU